AUUGCCAUUAACUUCAAAACCAGUAUCUAUUAAACAAUGUAGUCGAAGAGCCUCUCCUAAACAAUUGUCAUAAAUGUAAAAAUUAUGUAUUAGAAGCAAUACAAUUCCAUACAAUCAAGUCACAAAAAAUAAUGACCAUACCAAAAACUAUUCGAUCUAAACCUAGGCGAUCUGGUGGUUUACAAAAAGUUAUCCUUAUGUUUACUUACUCGCCGGGCAAGGGUAAUUUUAUAAGCUGGUAUGACCCUACAAACAACCUAUGCCGCAUUGCACAAGUAAUGAAUGAGAAUUGCCUCAUAAGGCAUCUUGCCUUAAUAGCAGAUCAAUUUGUUAUUGCUAUUGGUCAUACUGAUGUUGGAUGUAAAUCUAAUCUCUUUAUUGAAAUACUUGAUAUAUUUUCAAGAGAAUGCAGUUGGGUAUCAAUGGUUAAUACGUUGGUUUAUCGGCGUCAUUUAGGCGUUGGUAUAUUAAAUAAUAGUGUAUAUGCUGUUGGUGGAGAAAAUGGUAAUAUUAGUUUAAACAGCGUUGAAGUCUUCGAUGUCAAUCUGGAAGAAUGGCGAAUGGUUUCUAGUAUGGCUAUCAAGAGAUGCGAUGUUGGUGUUGGAAUUCUAAACAAUCUUUUAUACGCGGUAGGAGGUUUUGAUAUAUCUGCAAGAGAACAUUUAAAUUCAGUUGAAUGUUAUGAUCCCAGUCUGGAUGCAUGGAAACUAGUUGCACCAAUGUCCAAAAGUCGCUCUAAUUUUGGUAUUGGAGUUUUAGACGGUGUUAUAUAUGCUGUCGGUGGUGCUAACAUUUUAGAAGGUUGUAAUUCUGUCUCUGUUGAGGCCUAUAGACCAAGCGUCGGAGUAUGGACUCCAGUGGCUGACAUGUUGUCUGGCUACACCUCUUGUCCUGUGACUACAGUUUCUGAUGGUUUAUUGUAUGUUGUUGGUAAUACAGAUUCUAUUGAUAUGCUGACUAUCCAAGUAUACAAUCCCAACACCAAUACUUGGAAAUUAAUGAAUACCUGUUUAGAUGAUGUUGGAUUUAUUUUGGCUGCAGUAGCCAGUGAUAGACCAUCAUGUUUUAACACCGAUUAGCAUAAAUGCUCUCAUGGUUGAUAGUUAUAAUACAAUCAUAUUAUGUGUAAAUGUGUAAUAUUAUGAUAAUUUGUGUAUUAUAGAAUAAAAAAAAACUAUUAUUGUUGAAUCAAAUAAACCAGCGAUAAAAUUAUACCUAUUAUCAAUGCCAUUGCUUUAUACCAUACAAUUUUGACUUGUUUUGAGCUGUUUAUGGAUAUUUUAAGGUUUUUUUAAUUCUUUUUUAUAUUAAUGUAAAUAAAAUGUAUUUGUUGGGUUAAAACGAUUGAAAAUGUAAUACAACUAUGAACUAAUACAAGGCGCCUAAUAUAUUGCCUAAAUAUCAGUUGAAAAAUAUUAAAAAUACAUAUUAUGCAAAAAAAUGUUUAUAAGCAUUUAAAGUUAAAUUUUUGACAACAUUUAUUCAAUUUUAAAAUGUAUAAAAUGUUCAACUUAUUAGUUAAGGAUUGAAAAUUUAAAGCAAUUAUUAUUCUGUAAACAAAAAAUAUAAAAUCACAGUUUGUUUUUAUAAAUAUUUUAUGUUGAAAUUUGGAAGAAAUUGCAUAAUAAAUAACCAAUAAUAAUAA